GUCUUCUCCCGGGAGCUCGGCCCUCAAGGCGUCGUCCGGCUGUCGCGGGAGGAGCGGCGUUUCCUCGGGCCCCGGAAGCCGGCCAGUCCUCCGGGCUCCGUCUCCCGCUGGUGCUGAGGCCCUAGGGGAGUCGGAGGACCUUGACGGUUCAGGCCCGCCUGAGAGGACGGCGAGGCCCGGGAACGCGUGGCCUCUGAGGCGACGGGGCUGGCGGGCCAGCUCCUCGGGCGCUGGGCUCUCGUCAGCCGCUGGGCUCUCGUCAGCCGCUGGGCUCUCGUCAGCCGCGGCCCCGAGAGCUCCUCGCGUGUCCCGCGCGGGCCGCCGGGGCCCCGGACGCCUUCCGCGGCUCCCUCGUCCUCCCUCUGAGGGGGCUUCGCCGGUCUGCUGGCUCCCUUCGCCGCCCAGACGCCGAAGGGCCCCGCCCUGAGCUCCUCGUGAGGCAGCGAGCGGUCGGCUUGUGACACUUCCCACUGCCCCGGGAAAGUACGUGUUGUAUCCUAACCUGCUGUCUCAGGGGUGCUUGCUGCCAUCAUGGGAAACCAGCUCGCUGGCAUUGCUCCCUCCCAGAUCCUUUCUGUGGAGAGUUAUUUCUCAGACAUCCAUGACUUUGAAUAUGAUAAGAGUCUGGGGAGUACUCGGUUCUUUAAAGUUGCUCGAGCAAAGCACCGAGAAGGCCUGGUGGUUGUGAAGGUCUUUGCAAUUCAGGAUCCCACGUUGCCUCUCACCAGCUAUAAACAAGAGCUGGAGGAACUGAAAAUCAGGCUUCAUUCUGCCCAGAACUGUCUGCCUUUCCAGAAAGCUGCCGAAAAAGCAUCUGAGAAGGCAGCCAUGCUCUUCAGGCAGUACUUGCGAGACAACCUCUACGACCGCAUCAGCACCCUUCCGUUCUUAAAUAACAUUGAGAAGCGCUGGAUCGCUUUCCAGAUCCUCACAGCUGUGGACCAAGCGCACAAGUCCGGCGUCCGUCAUGGGGACAUCAAGACGGAGAAGGUGAUGGUCACCAGUUGGAACUGGGUUCUUCUAACGGAUUUUGCCAGUUUCAAGCCCACUUACCUUCCAGAGGACAACCCGGCAGAUUUCAACUUUUUUGACACUUCACGGAGGAGAACUUGUUACAUUGCUCCUGAACGUUUUGUCGAUGGUGGAUUGUUUGCCACAGAGUUAGAAUAUAUGAGAGAUCCUUCAACUCCACUUGUAGACUUAAACAGCAAUCAGAGAACAAGAGGAGAAUUGAAGCGAGCAAUGGAUAUCUUUUGAGCAGGUUGUGUGAUCGCUGAGCUUUUUACAGAAGGCAUGCCUCUGUUUGAUCUCUCUCAACUUUUGGCCUAUAGAAAUGGGCAGUUUUUCCCUGAGCAGGUGCUGAGUAAAAUUGAAGAUCGCAGUAUAAGAGAAUUGGUAACUCAGAUGAUUCACCGUGAACCAGAUAAACGUUUAGAGGCAGAAGAUUACUUAAAGCAGCAACGUGGCAAUGCCUUUCCUGAAAUAGUCUAUACUUUUCUUCAGCCUUAUAUGGCCCAGUUUGCCAAAGAAACAUUUCUUUCUGCAGAUGAGCGUAUUCUGGUUAUAAGGAAGGAUUUGGACAACAUCAUUCACAAUCUCUGUGGACACGAUCUGCUGGAGAAAGCGGAUGGAGAGCCCAAGGAGAAUGGGCUGGUUAUCUUGGUGUCAGUUAUAACGUCCUGCCUGCAGACCCUGAAAUACUGCGACUCCAAGCUUGCCGCUUUGGAACUUAUUCUCCAUUUGGCCCCAAGAUUAAGUGUAGAAAUUCUUUUGGAUCGUAUUACACCUUAUCUUUUGCAUUUCAGCAAUGACUCUGUUCCCAGAGUAAGGGCCGAAGCCUUGAGGACAUUGACUAAAGUUCUUGCUCUGGUGAAGGAGGUUCCUCGCAACGAUGUCCACAUUUACCCAGAGUACAUCCUGCCAGGCAUAGCCCACUUGGCCCAGGAUGAUGCCACAAUCGUCAGGCUAGCCUAUCCUGGUAAGAGCUUAUUAUCCCAGUAAAUGACCACUGACAUCCUGAAAUUAGUGACCGUAAUACCUCUUGUUUCUCUGAUAUUUUGGAAAUUCCAAAGAUAACCUUGAACUUUCAUCCUUGAAUUAUUUGUGUACAUUUUGGUAUAAUUUAUAGCUGAUCUGUUCAUGAAACUCAAGCUUUGUGUGUACUCUGAUUAUUUGAAGUGAUCAGAAUUAUUAAGUAAAAAUAUAUAGCACAGAAUUUUAUGAUUGUACUGGGAGUAGUCAUCUCACAUGCUAGUAAAGUAAUGCUCAAACUUCUCCAAGCCAGACUUCAGCAAUACGUGAACCGUGAACUCCCUGAUGUUCAAGCUGG